AGCUAGGACAGCUGAGGCGGUUGCUGUGUUUGCAGAAUGGCUCUAUAAAAGUGGAACCAAGGUGCCUCUGUCCUGUCCCUCCUCAAAAUUCCUUAAGCACUUGUCUGCUUUGAGCCUGCCACCUUCUUCAUCUGGUAAUAGGAGAGGUACACCUGGUCCUGUGCUGUGUUGCCCUCAAUAACCCGCAGCCAUGAGUUCCGACUCUGAGAUGGCAGUUUUCGGGGCGGCUGCUCCUUACCUCCGAAAACCUGAAAAGGAGCGAAUUGAAGCCCAGAACAAGCCCUUUGAUGCCAAGAAUUCUGUCUUUGUGGUGGAUCCUAAGGAGUCCUAUGUGAAAGCAACAGUGCAGAGCAGGGAAGCAGGGAAGGUGACGGUCAAGACUGAAGGAGGAACUACUGUCACAGUGAAGGACGAUCAAGUCUUCUCUAUGAACCCUCCCAAAUACGACAAGAUCGAGGACAUGGCCAUGAUGACCCACCUGCACGAGCCCGCUGUGCUGUACAACCUCAAAGAGCGCUAUGCAGCCUGGAUGAUCUACACCUACUCGGGCCUCUUCUGUGUCACUGUCAACCCCUACAAGUGGCUGCCGGUGUAUAACCCUGAGGUGGUGUCUGCCUACCGAGGCAAAAAGCGCCAGGAGGCCCCGCCUCACAUCUUCUCCAUCUCUGACAACGCCUAUCAGAACAUGCUGACUGAUCGUGAAAACCAGUCCAUCCUGAUCACCGGAGAAUCUGGUGCAGGGAAGACUGUGAACACCAAGCGUGUCAUCCAGUACUUCGCAACAAUUGCAGUUACUGGAGAGAAGAAAAAAGAAGAGCCUGCUUCUGGUGGCAAACUGCAGGGGACCCUUGAAGAUCAAAUCAUCAGUGCCAACCCCCUACUGGAAGCCUUUGGCAACGCCAAGACUGUGAGGAAUGACAACUCCUCUCGUUUUGGUAAAUUCAUCAGGAUCCAUUUUGGUGCCACAGGCAAACUGGCUUCUGCAGAUAUUGAAACAUAUUUGCUUGAGAAGUCCCGAGUUACUUUCCAGCUAAAGGCUGAAAGAAGCUACCACAUAUUUUAUCAAAUUAUGUCCAACAAGAAACCAGAGCUUAUUGAAAUGCUUUUGAUCACCACCAAUCCAUACGACUUUGCCUUUGUUAGUCAAGGUGAAAUCACAGUGCCUAGCAUUGAUGAUCAGGAAGAGCUGAUGGCCACGGAUAGUGCUGUGGACAUCCUGGGUUUCAGCGCUGAUGAAAAGGUGGCCAUUUACAAGCUCACAGGAGCUGUGAUGCAUUAUGGGAACAUGAAAUUCAAGCAAAAGCAAAGGGAAGAGCAAGCUGAGCCAGAUGGCACUGAAGUUGCUGACAAGGCAGCCUAUCUCCAGAGUCUGAACUCUGCUGACCUGCUCAAAGCCCUCUGCUACCCCAGGGUCAAGGUCGGCAACGAGUAUGUCACCAAAGGCCAGACUGUACAGCAGGUGUACAACUCAGUGGGUGCUCUGGCCAAAUCUGUCUACGAGAAGAUGUUCCUGUGGAUGGUCACCCGUAUUAACCAGCAGCUGGACACCAAGCAGCCCAGGCAGUACUUCAUUGGGGUAUUGGACAUUGCUGGCUUUGAGAUCUUUGAUUACAACAGCCUGGAGCAGCUGUGCAUCAACUUCACCAACGAGAAACUGCAACAGUUUUUCAACCACCACAUGUUCGUGCUGGAGCAGGAGGAGUACAAGAAGGAAGGCAUCGAGUGGGAGUUCAUUGACUUUGGGAUGGACCUGGCUGCCUGCAUUGAGCUCAUUGAGAAGCCUAUGGGUAUCUUCUCCAUCCUGGAAGAGGAGUGCAUGUUCCCCAAGGCCACAGACGCCUCCUUCAAGAACAAGCUGUAUGAACAGCAUCUUGGAAAGUCCAACAACUUCCAGAAGCCCAAGGUCGUCAAAGGCAAGGUUGAGGCCCACUUCUCGCUGGUGCACUACGCGGGCACCGUGGACUACAACAUUGCCGGCUGGCUUGACAAGAACAAGGACCCCUUGAACGAGACUGUGCUUGGCCUGUACCAGAAGUCUGGAUUGAAGACUCUGUCUCUCCUCUUCUCUGGGGCUCCAACUGCUGAAGCAGACAGUGGUGGUGGAAAGAAAGGUGCCAAGAAGAAGGGUUCUUCUUUCCAGACAGUGUCAGCUCUUUUUAGGGAGAAUUUAAAUAAGCUGAUGACCAACUUGAAGAGCACUCAUCCCCACUUUGUACGCUGUCUCAUUCCCAAUGAAACUAAAACUCCUGGGGCUAUGGAGCAUGAACUUGUCCUGCACCAGCUGAGGUGUAAUGGUGUGCUGGAAGGCAUCCGCAUCUGUAGGAAGGGAUUCCCAAGCAGAAUCAUUUAUGCAGACUUCAAACAAAGAUACAAGAUUCUAAAUGCAAGUGCUAUCCCAGAGGGUCAGUUCAUUGACAGCAAGAAGGCUUCUGAGAAACUUCUAGGUUCUAUUGACAUUGACCACACCCAGUACAAAUUCGGUCAUACCAAGGUUUUCUUUAAAGCUGGCCUGUUGGGAACUCUAGAGGAGAUGCGAGAUGAUAAGCUAGCUCAACUCAUCACACGCACUCAAGCCAUGUGCAGAGGGUUCCUGAUGAGAGUGGAGUUCAAGAAGAUGAUGGAGAGGAGAGAGGCCAUCUUCUGCAUCCAGUACAAUGUCCGCGCCUUCAUGAAUGUGAAGCACUGGCCCUGGAUGAAGCUGUAUUUCAAGAUCAAGCCCCUCCUCAAGAGUGCGGAGACUGAGAAGGAGAUGGCCACCAUGAAGGAAGAGUUUGAGAAAACCAAAGAUGAUCUGGUUAAAUCAGAGGCAAAAAGGAAAGAACUUGAAGAGAAAAUGGUUGCUCUGAUGCAAGAGAAAAACGAACUACAACUCCAGGUUCAAUCUGAAGCUGAAGGCUUGGCUGAUGCAGAGGAAAGAUGUGACCAGCUGAUCAAAACCAAAAUCCAGCUUGAAGCCAAAAUCAAAGAGGUGACUGAGAGAGCUGAGGAUGAGGAAGAAAUGAAUGCUGAGCUGACGGCCAAGAAGAGGAAACUGGAGGACGAAUGUUCAGAACUGAAGAAAGACAUUGAUGACCUUGAGCUGACACUGGCCAAGGUUGAAAAGGAGAAGCAUGCCACAGAGAACAAGGUGAAAAACCUCACAGAAGAGAUGGCAGGCCUGGACGAAACCAUAGCUAAGCUGUCCAAGGAGAAGAAGGCCCUCCAAGAGGCCCACCAGCAGACCCUGGAUGACCUGCAGGCAGAAGAGGACAAAGUCAACACCCUGACCAAAGCUAAAACCAAGCUAGAGCAGCAAGUGGAUGAUCUUGAAGGGUCUCUGGAACAAGAAAAGAAACUUCGCAUGGACUUAGAAAGAGCCAAGAGAAAACUAGAGGGUGACCUAAAAUUGGCCCAAGAAUCCACAAUGGAUGUAGAAAAUGACAAACAACAACUUGAUGAGAAAAUAAAAAAGAAAGAGUUUGAAAUGAGCAAUUUGCAAAGCAAGAUUGAAGAUGAACAGGCCCUUGGGAUGCAGCUGCAGAAGAAGAUCAAGGAGUUACAGGCCCGCACUGAGGAGCUGGAGGAGGAAAUCGAGGCAGAGCGGGCCUCUAGGGCCAAAGCAGAGAAGCAGCGCUCCGACCUCUCCCGGGAGCUGGAGGAGAUCAGCGAGCGGCUGGAGGAAGCUGGUGGGGCAACUACAGCCCAGGUUGAGAUGAACAAGAAGCGGGAGGCUGAGUUCCAGAAAAUGCGCAGGGACCUGGAGGAGGCCACCCUGCAGCACGAAGCCACGGCGGCCGCUCUGAGGAAGAAGCACGCGGAUAGUGUGGCUGAACUUGGGGAGCAGAUAGACAACCUUCAGAGGGUCAAGCAGAAGCUGGAGAAGGAGAAGAGUGAGAUGAAGAUGGAGAUCGAUGACCUUGCUAGUAACAUGGAGACUAUCUCCAAAGCUAAGAUAAACUUUGAGAAAAUGUGCCGCACACUAGAGGACCAGCUUAGUGAAGUGAAAACGAAGGAAGAGGAGCAACAACGCUUAAUAAAUGAAUUGUCAGCCCAGAGGGCACGUCUACAUACAGAAUCAGGUGAGUUUGCACGACAGCUAGAUGAGAAAGAUGCUCUGGUUUCUCAGCUAUCCCGAGGCAAACAAGCAUUUACACAACAGAUUGAGGAAUUAAAGAGACAGCUAGAAGAGGAGUCUAAGGCCAAGAAUGCUCUGGCCCACGCCCUGCAGUCCUCCCGUCAUGACUGUGACCUGCUGAGGGAACAAUAUGAGGAGGAGCAGGAAGCCAAGGCUGAGCUGCAGAGGGCAAUGUCCAAGGCCAACAGUGAGGUUGCCCAGUGGAGGAACAAAUACGAGACGGACGCCAUCCAGCGCACGGAGGAGCUGGAGGAGGCCAAGAAAAAGCUGGCCCAGCGUCUGCAGGACGCCGAGGAACACGUGGAAGCCGUAAAUGCCAAGUGUGCCUCCCUUGAGAAGACGAAGCAGCGGCUCCAGAAUGAAGUGGAGGACCUCAUGCUUGAUGUGGAGAGAUCUAAUGCUGCCUGCGCAGCCCUGGACAAGAAGCAGAGGAACUUUGACAAGAUCUUAUCAGAAUGGAAACAGAAGCAGGAGGAAACUCAGGCUGAACUUGAGGCCUCCCAGAAGGAGUCCCGUUCUCUCAGCACUGAGCUGUUCAAGAUCAAGAAUGCCUACGAGGAAUCCAUGGACCAUCUUGAAACACUAAAGAGAGAGAAUAAGAAUUUACAACAGGAGAUUUCUGACCUGACUGAGCAAAUUGCAGAGGGAGGAAAGCAUAUCCAUGAAUUGGAGAAAAUUAAAAAACAAAUAGAUCAAGAGAAGAGUGAACUACAGGCUGCCCUAGAGGAAGCAGAGGCAUCUCUUGAACAUGAAGAAGGCAAAAUCCUUCGCAUCCAACUUGAGUUAAAUCAGGUGAAAUCUGAGAUUGACCGGAAAAUUGCUGAAAAAGAUGAAGAAAUCGAUCAGCUAAAGAGGAACCAUCUCAGAGUUGUGGAGUCCAUGCAGAGCACCCUAGAUGCUGAGAUCAGGAGCAGAAAUGAUGCCCUGAGGAUCAAGAAGAAAAUGGAGGGAGACCUUAAUGAAAUGGAAAUCCAGCUGAACCACGCCAACCGCCAAGCUGCUGAGGCCCUGAGGAACUACAGGAACACCCAAGGAAUACUGAAGGACACUCAGCUACAUUUGGAUGAUGCCAUCAGAAGCCAAGAUGACCUUAAAGAACAACUAGCCAUGGUUGAGCGCAGAGCUAACCUGAUGCAGGCUGAGAUUGAAGAGCUAAGGGCAUCCCUGGAACAGACUGAGAGGAGCAGAAGGGUGGCAGAGCAAGAGCUUGUGGAUGCUAAUGAGCGUGUGCAACUCUUGCACACCCAGAACACCAGCCUGAUCAGCACCAAGAAGAAGUUGGAGACAGACAUUUCCCAAAUCCAGGGAGAGAUGGAGGACAUUGUCCAGGAAGCUCGCAACGCAGAAGAGAAGGCCAAGAAGGCCAUCACUGAUGCGGCCAUGAUGGCCGAGGAGCUGAAGAAGGAGCAGGACACCAGCACCCACCUGGAGCGGAUGAAGAAGAACCUGGAGCAGACGGUGAAGGACCUGCAGCACCGUCUGGAUGAGGCUGAGCAGAUGGCCCUGAAGGGCGGGAAGAAGCAGAUUCAGAAGCUGGAGGCCAGGGUGAGGGAGCUUGAAAACGAGGUUGACAAUGAACAGAAGCGCAAUGUGGAGACAGUCAAAGGUCUUCGCAAACAUGAGAGAAGAGUGAAGGAGCUCACUUACCAGACUGAGGAGGACCGCAAGAAUGUUCUCAGGCUGCAGGACUUGGUGGACAAAUUACAAACCAAAGUCAAAGCUUAUAAGAGACAAGCUGAAGAGGCUGAGGAACAAUCCAACGCUAAUCUUGCUAAAUUCCGCAAACUCCAGCACGAGCUGGAGGAGGCCGAAGAGCGGGCAGACAUCGCCGAGUCCCAGGUCAACAAGCUGCGGGUGAAGAGCCGCGAGGUUCACACAAAAGUUAUAAGUGAAGAAUAAUUCAUUUUAAUGCUGAAAGGUGACCAAAGAAAUGCACAAAAUGUGUUCUUUGUCACUGUCACACACUGCUGUAAUAUCAGAGAAAUAAAAGCUGCAGAGAAUUUGCAAUCUAAAAAUACCUUUGUUUCUUAAUUACAAUUU